AUGUCGCUCUCUAAUUCAAAAAUACCUUAUGAUACAUCAUAUAAUCGACUAAAACUCGUGUUGGCAAUAAAGGCUUUGGUGAUCUUGCGAAAUAAACCUAUAGAUUGGACUAUCGAUGAGUAUAUUCGAUUUGUAAAUUGGACACCAAAAGAUCAAAAAGAGAAAAAACAAGUUAAUGAUAAUAUUGAUAGUAACCAAAAAGUUUUUGAAACGAAAGAUACCCAUGUUACUGUUGAGGAGCAAAAUCAAAUAAAUAGUGAGGUGAAUAAUGAUAAAGAUUCUGAUGAUGACGACUGUCAACGCUGGAAAAAGAGAGCCUUGGAAUUGGCAAACGAAGUUGAAACAUUAAAGCAACGUUUAUGUAUUGUUGAGUUAGAGCUUGAGACGGCAAAACAAGGUGCAUCUAACAAAAGAAGAAAAACAAAGGCACAACAAACGACAGCAAUCACUGAAAGUGAACAAGGUUCUGUAGUAUCCUUGAAUUCAACGAAUAAAAAGCAAUCUGGGAAAGGUGCGACGGCAAAAAGAGGAUCGAAAAAAUUUCAAGAUCCUGAAUCUAAAAUAUUUCAAAAGAUUCCCGGAGCUGAUGAUGAAGAAUUAAAUGAUAAAUCAUGUUACAUCUAUAUAGAAGCAUGGAAGUUAUUCGAUAUCAGUCAAGCAAUGUCUUUCUUACAGCAAAUUAAACAACUAGCACAUACAACACUGCCUGUUAUACCAGUCACUGACUCAUCUUCUUUCUCGCCAUACUCUGCAAACUCUGGAGCAAUUAUAACAAAAACAAUUAUUAAAAUCAUUAGUUAUAUGAAUUUAAAGUUGGCAAGUUUAUUACAUGUGUUUGAGAAUAACACCGUAAAUAAUAUAAGUAUGCUACAGGCGUAUCCAUUAUGUAUAAAUAGUUUUGGUUCUGUUAUGAUAAAAUUAUUGGCAUUUUUCGAUUCACCAUUAAUUUCUAAAUCAGAAAAAAAUGAAAUAAUUAUAACUCUUGCAAACUCUUUUACAUCUUUGAUCAAGGCGAUUCAUACUAUCAGUAUGAGGAUGUUGUGUGAUGCGUUGCAAGAUAAUGAAUCCAUCAACAAUCGUCCUAAUGUUACAAAUGUUAAAAGUCAAGAUCCACGAGAUGCAAUUGCUAAAUUAUUAAUUCAUAUUUGUCAACAUGUUGGUCCACAAUUAAAAGAUGCUGUUUCGUUGGCUGCAGUAAAAGAAUGCUUACGGCUAGUAUCGGAUGAAUUCGAUAUUGUUGAUGAAAAUCCAUCAAGGUCAUUAAGUUGUUCUGCAGUAAUUAUACCGAUUUUGUCUACAGAUCAGGAUGCUGCAUCAUUAGUGCAGGAUUCCACAUUUUCAACAAAGAAAGAUACUGAAAUUAGUGAUGUUGUGCGUAAGGACAGUGCUUAUUUUUUGUUAUGGAUUCUUGAAGAAAUCUUGACCAAAGAAAAUAAUGAAACUCGCAAAACUAUCUCUACUCUUUUGGAAAAGUCUCUUGCAUAUAAUAAGCGCGCAUCUCUGCAUGGGGAUGUGUACACAAUGUAUCUUUGGAAUAUCUGCGAAAAAAUUUGGACACUGACUGGAUCAUUUACUUGA